AUCGCCAAGAUGGCUGGUGGUGACAUAGCAAAUAUGAUUCUUGGGAUUCCAUUUUUAACACGACAUUGGUUUUGUGGGACCAUUUUGUUUUCUCUAAUCGGACGUUUUGGCCUAAUUAACCCUGCACUAUUAAUCCUGGUCUGGGAUAAAUUUAUAUAUAAUCUACAAAUAUGGAGACCCAUUAGUGCGCUUUUAUUUUAUCCAGUAACACCACAAACUGGUCUACAUUUCCUUAUCAAUCUCUAUUUUCUUUAUUCGUAUUCCUCUCGCUUGGAAUCUGGUUCGCCUUUUUCUUCACUAAUGCUAUUUAGGAAUGUUUUUCGGUAA